AUGUCUACCGCUUGGGAACAGCACAAGUUUUCCUUCUCCCCCCGUGCCCGCGGCUGCUACCUCGUCACCGACGAGGUUGUCCGCAACAUGCCCUCCCUCAAGGAGUACACCGUCGGCACCGUCAACCUCUUCCUGCAGCACACGUCCGCCGCCAUCUCGCUCAACGAGAACUGCGAUCCGGACGUGCGCACAGACAUGACCACCGCUCUCAACAACAUCGUCCCCGACGACGAGGGAGAGGUCUUUGUCCACACCGACGAGGGCCCGGACGACAUGUCCGGCCACGCCAAGUCCUCCGUCGUCGGCGUCUCGCUCACCAUUCCCAUCUCCAACGGCCGCCUUGCCCUCGGCACGUGGCAGGGCAUCUACCUGAUGGAAUUCCGCAACUACAGACACACCAGACACUGCUUGGCCACCAUCCAGGGCCUCAAGAAGUAA